CCGGAGGAAGCGAGGCUGCGCCGGCCGGGCAGGCGCGGAGGACAGGACGCGCGGGCGGUCGAGCUCGCCCUGCCUCUGACUGCGCUGCCCCCGGCCCAUCCUGCCUGGCCGCAGGUGCCCUGGAUGAGGCCGCCGCGCGUGUCCCAGCCGCUGAGUGUCCCCGCGGUCGCCCGGCGCCCUCCCGCAAGCGGCCGCCUCUCCUUGCCCAGGUCCCGGCUCCCGGCGCAGCCCUCCGGCAGGCGCCUCCGCACCUCGGCGCAGGCGGCACGGCCCUUGGGCCGGGAUGGAUCCGCCGGGAAGAGGAAGGCAAGCCGGGGCAUUGAGCCCCUGCGCACGGUGCCGCGCGUAGUGGGAGCUUACGCGCUGUAGGCUCUCGCUCUUCUAAAUGGAUAAAGUGGGGAAAAUGUGGAACAACUUCAAAUACAGAUGCCAGAAUCUCUUCAGCCAUGAAGGAGGAAGCCGGAAUGAGAACGUGGACAUGAACUCCAACAGAUGUCUGUCUGUCAAAGAGAAAAGCAUCAAUCUGGGAGAGGCAGCUCCCCAACAACAGAGUAGUCCCUUAAGAGAAAAUGUUGCCUUACAGCUGGGAUUGAGCCCUUCAAAGACCUUUUCGAGACGGAACCAGAACUGUGCUGCAGAGAUCCCUCAGGUUGUUGAGAUAAGCCUGGAGAAGGACAGCGACUCCUGUGCCACCCCGGGAGCGAGGCUUGCGCGGAGAGACUCCUACUCUCGACACGCCCCGUGGGGAGGAAAGAAGAAACAUUCCUGUUCCACAAAGACCCAGAGUUCAUUGGAUACCGAGAAGAAGUUUAGUAGAACUCGAAGCGGCCUUCAGCGGCGAGAGCGGCGCUAUGGAGUCAGCUCCAUGCACGACAUGGACAGUGUUUCCGGCCGCGCGGUCGGGAGCCGCUCUCUGAGGCAGAGGCUCCAGGACACUGUGGGAUUGUGUUUCCCCGUGAGAACUUACAGCAAGCAGUCAAAGCCGCUCUUUUCCAAUAAAAGAAAGAUACAUCUUUCUGAAUUAAUGCUGGAGAAAUGCCCUUUUCCUGCUGGCUCGGAUUUAGCACAAAAAUGGCAUCUGAUUAAACAGCAUACCGCGCCUGUGAGCCCACAUUCAACAUUUUUUGAUACAUUUGAUCCAUCACUGGUGUCAACAGAAGAUGAAGAAGAUAGGCUUCGCGAGAGGAGACGGCUUAGUAUCGAAGAAGGCGUGGAUCCCCCUCCCAAUGCACAGAUACACACCUUUGAAGCUACUGCACAGGUCAAUCCAUUGUAUAAACUGGGACCAAAGUUAGCCCCUGGGAUGACGGAAAUAAGCGGAGAUGGUCCUGCGAUUCCACAAACGAAUUGUGACUCAGAAGAGGAUUCAACCACCCUCUGUCUGCAGUCACGGAGGCAGAAGCAGCGCCAGGCGUCCGGGGACAGCCAUUCGCACAUCAGCCGACAGGGAUGGAAGGUUCAUACGCAGAUCGAUUACAUACACUGCCUCGUGCCAGAUUUGCUUCAGAUCACAGGGAAUCCCUGUUACUGGGGCGUGAUGGACCGAUAUGAAGCAGAAGCCCUUCUAGAAGGGAAACCAGAAGGCACGUUCUUGCUCAGGGACUCUGCGCAGGAGGACUACCUCUUCUCUGUGAGCUUCCGCCGCUACAACAGGUCCCUGCACGCCCGGAUCGAGCAGUGGAACCACAACUUCAGCUUCGAUGCCCACGACCCCUGCGUGUUUCACUCCUCCACUGUCACGGGGCUUCUCGAACACUACAAAGACCCCAGCUCUUGCAUGUUUUUUGAACCGUUGCUUACGAUAUCACUGAAUAGAACCUUUCCUUUCAGCCUGCAGUAUAUCUGCCGCGCAGUGAUCUGCCGAUGCACUACAUAUGAUGGAAUUGAUGGGCUCCCUCUACCGUCGAUGUUACAGGAUUUUUUAAAAGAGUAUCAUUAUAAACAAAAAGUUAGGGUUCGCUGGUUAGAACGAGAGCCAGUCAAGGCAAAGUAAUUCCUGUCCCCAGAGGGCACUAAGUAGGUCUGCUCUCGUGGGCAUCAGACAGCACCCAUAGGAGGCAGAGUGGGCUGCUGGCAUUUUCCUCCCAGAAUGGGAGCUUAGUCCUGCGCCUCUGCCGGAUGGGGUCGCUGAUACUCAGAGGUGCCUAGGAACAGCAGGAUGGGCUGUAACAACUGAGGGCCAACUCCGGGGCAUUUGCUAUGAAGAAUUCUAUUUCUUACUGAAGAACAAAUUAAUAUUGGAUGGGUAUUUCAACAGUG